CACCUCAAAUAUGAAACCGGCUCUUCCUGACCGAGAUGCGCGGACGCUGCUGCCGAUUCUAAACAAGGGGUCCUAACUGAAUGCUGCAUAUCCGAUCAGAAUUAGGCGAAAAGACGGCUUAUUUGUUGCUUGAUGUGGAAGCAGAGGCAAGCAGACUAGGGAGGGAGGAGAGCUGUUGCAGCUGGUUGCAGCUGCUACUAUCAAGCUGAUUGGAGUCUUGGUGAGAACUGAGGCGCUAUUAAAAAUUCGAAUCGGUUGCUGCCACCAUUUGGAAUUGAACUGUCUGCGUCUGCGCAUCCUGACGACCAGCGCACCCCAGCAUAUACAGGUCCAGCUAGGAUUCUUGAACUUGUGCUGCAUCGGGCCAAUUCGCCUCAACAUGCUCAACUCCGGGACAAUCCGCGCUGCCGGAGAACUCAAGCGGCAAUUCUCAUCUGCAGCGGCAAAAGGACGGCUUGCAGGCAAAGUUGCGCUGAUCACUGGUGGAGGGGGGGGCAUUGGAGCAGAGAGCUCCAGGUUGUUUGCCAAUGAAGGCGCUUCCGUGGUCGUUGCUGACCUGAACGAGGAGGCGGCGGAGCGGGUCGCUCAGGAGAUACGCGAUGGGGGAGGGAAUGCAGUUUCGGUAGGGGGCAAUGUUUCCAAUGCGGACCAUAUGAAAAGGAUGGUCAGCCGAGCGAAGGAAAAGUUUGGCGGGUUGCACGUCCUCUUCAACAACGCAGGAAUCAUGAUGAGCAAUGACGACGAUGCGGUCCACACCACAGAGGAUGUCAUUGACACUACGUUGGCGGUGAAUGUGAAGGGAGUGCUUUUAGGAUGUCGAUACGGUAUCCCUGCCAUUAAGAACUCAGGAGGCGGGGCCAUUGUGAACACGGCCUCCUUCGUCGCAUUCAUGGGCGCAGCCACGCCGCAGAUAGCCUACACAGCCAGUAAAGGGGCGGUCCUAGCUCUCACUCGAGAACUGGCGGUGAUUCACGCCCGGGAAGGAAUACGGGUCAACGCACUCUGCCCCGGACCGCUAAGAACGGAGCUCCUCAUGAAGUUUCUAGAUUCAGAAGCCAAAAGGCAACGACGGUUGAUCCACGUGCCCAUGGGACGCUUUGGAGAAGCAGCGGAGAUGGCAAAAGCAGCGCUGUUUCUCGCGUCAGACGAAAGCUCCUUCAUGACCGGCGCAAGCUUGCUUGUAGACGGUGGCCUAACGGCCGCUUAUGUGACCCCCGAAUAGAACCCUGUAUAUAACGUGUUUGACUUACACUUUCUCGCAAUCUGACGUACCUAAUGGUCCGGCUGAGAUGCCGUGCUGUUUGGAAUCCGCUUGCAAUUGAUGCACCAUGCCACGUGACAAUCUAUGGUCACUGGGAUCAGCCG